ACCUCCUCGAGGAGCAGCCAUCGCCCGGCGUCGUCCCAUCUGUGCUGCUGUGCCUCACACUCCAGAGGGCUGGUGCGUGCACGGCGUUUUGACGCCACGCCACGCUUCUUCAUUGCAUCUACAACUUCUCACGUAUAGAUCCAUCCGCCUGCUAGAGGGCAAGAAGCAAGGCAGAUAGGGCAAGAGGAGGAAGUGGAAGAGGAAGAGGAGGAGGAGGAAGGAAGGAGAGACGCCUGACAGAGGGAGAUUUGCCGGAGGGAGUUGAUUGCCUGAUUGAUUGAUUUUAAGAAAGCUGUGUCGAACUUGGAAAAGAAAGAGGAAGAAGUUCGCUCGCGGGUUGUUCUCGAUUUGCGGGACCACGCAUGACUCGAGAUAGCCUUUUUUGUUCUUGAAAUCUUUUCAGUUUGAUUAGUUAUCACUGAUCGCGGGGUCGGGCUCGCGCUCAGUUCGGGUUCGUACGAGGUCGUCGUGUGGGGGUAGAGGGUGAGUUCGAGACUUUCAUAUCAUCUAUCUCUCUUUUCUCGUCCUUCUUGGUCAUUCAUUCCUCCUCCUCAUCGUCGACGGCGACAACAGCAGCAACGUCUUCUUCCGCGUUCGCUGCGAGUUCUUUGCUCGUGCCUCGCGUUCUACUCGUCGUCGUUGCCAUAAGCCUGUGUCGGUCGGUGUGGUGCAAGUGGUGGAAGCGGGCGUAAUUGGUGUAACAUCGGGCGUGUUUCCGUCGUCGAAACCUAGCCUUCAUGCCGAGGGUCUAGCCGUUCAUCGUCGCGUCCCAAGCUAUCUCCUCACUUGCUGUUUCCGGCCAGCUCGACUUUCGAGCUGGAUUAUAUCAGCCUUACAUUAUAUCUGGUUCUUCUUAGCCUGUACUGGGGAAGGUAUUGUCAUAUACAAGAAUUCGAGAACGGGUGAAUCCUAGUGAAGUCGUUCGGAUGGGUUAUUCAGACCAUAGAGAUGGCUGGCUCUUUCAGCCUAUCAUGAUGCCCCGCGACGCAACCUCCGAACACCAAUUCCGCAAGAAGCCAUGGAGAUGGGUGAGUGGCGUGUCAAUGAAGCAAGUCGACGAAAAGGCUCCUUUUGUACAGACCCUGAAGUCCGUGCCUUGUUUUAGGAACAAAGCAAGAGGCAGACACAAUAAAUUCAAAUAUCGAUUUUCCAAGAGAAGAGUGCCUUGUGCUCCUCGAAACACCACCUCAUUCAUCAUGCGAGCAAACAAAUUCGGAAUCAAAGCUCCCUUCUACACCCCCAUCUGCCCGACAACGGUUGGAACUCCGACAAUUUCUCCCGCGCCCUGGCCCAAGGAGACUCUCGGAGACGGCCAGGUAGCAAGCGACCUCGGUGUCAAUGCUUAUGGCUCCAUGAAUGGCUGUAUACGUCUUAGAGCUGAUGCAGAGGAUUUUGACGUAGAAGGAGAAAGAGACCUCGGGUCCACAUCUUGCAACGAGAGCGACACAGACCAAUGCAGCUUUCAACCGGCGAGUAGUGUGCAGCAAGUGGAGGAACGCAUCGAUCACUGUCUGCAGCGCUUUGAGCUUCUGAGCAGCAGCAACAACAGCAUCAACUCCGCUCGAACCAACUACAGUAAUCAAAGUCUGGUCGCCAAGGUGGAAGAUCAGGAAAAUCACAUAAACUACCUGGAGGAAGUGAAUAUGUCUUUACAUCAGCAGCUGUGGGCUAUCCAGCAGGAGUUGACAGAGCUGCGGAGGAGGCUGGAGAAUGACAGGACCGGAUCAGAAAUUGUAGUCACCGACGAGAGUUUGGGAGAUGGCUCUUGUGCUGCGUAAUCGAUGUCAAUUGGCUGGCUGCAUGUUGGAGCCGAUGUGCAGCUUUGACCCCACUGUGAAUCAUGUUCACUCGCUACCUAUCCAAAUGCAUCUUGUCUAGGCUCUUUGCCAUGUGUGCCUUUACACCAAGCUAAUGGCCGCAUAUGCCUGUUGCAGCCAAGGUGUGAUUGCAGGUUACAGAGUGUGUAACUCCUUGACAGACGGCACCAAGACCAAACAUCUGUUCCAUGUUCCAUACACCCGGUCAGUGUGUGGUUUGUGAAGUUCAUUUACUGCUGACUUUACUUGAGGCUCCGUCACUCCGUCACUGUUCGAUUUCUCACUUAGCUAUGGGCGUCUAGCAAUUGGGCUUACGCUUCGAGACGCAUGUCUGCAGAGCAGGAAGCGACUUUCUUCCUGAGCCGCGCAAACGGUCAUGCCGGUGUCAUUACCAUGCAUAUCACCGGCCAUCUUAUCAUCGGCUAAAGAGUGUGUGCUAUAGCAGUGGUUCCGCCUACGAAGCAAGAGAGUUCUGGAACUGUGAGGAGCCCGUUUCUAGUCAGAUCAUAUGAUGCCUGAGCUUCAGUGGAGGCAUGUUCGAUGAUUUCUGUACAAUACCUUCUUAGUCUUCAGAUUCAAUCUGCAGAGCCCCGCUGCUUCUUUCACUUUCCGCGGCUAGACGCGCACCAAAAGAUUCUGUGAGAUGAGGUCAAGCUGGUCAUCAGCAGAGCUCUUCAGCUACCGGAUAGACCAUCUAGCCUGAUGUCUGUUGACAUAGUAAGCGAAUUUCCUCGUAUUAGGUGGAUGUCAGGUUCUCGAUGUGUCUCGGCCUGUGGUCAUCUCAUGGCCGGCACGAUUCUUCCGGGGCAAAGCUCAGCUUUUUCCAGUGCUCGUCAACUAGAACCGGAUCGGCUGCCAGCAAGUCUGUUCCAAUUCCCUUAGAUACAGUUUGUACAGUGUUAUUACCUCUUGUAUGAUAAUUUCGGUCACUGCCCGAUCUAGAGUGCUGGACAAGUUUCCUGUCGUCACGUCUUCAGUGUCUAUUCGCGUCUGCCCGGCAUACAUGGCUCUGUUGUUCCCGUGAAUCGCUUUGUGGUUAGAUGCAUGAUCUGAGCUUAAAGUCAUGUUGUCCGUGUUCACACUUCCACCUUUUCGUUGUAGCUGUACCCGACCGCUUUUCGCAG